AUGGCGGAGAGCUGGCUGCGCCUCCCGGGAGCGGGGUCGACAGAGGAAGCCGGGCCUGAGGGCGGCCUGGAGGAACCCGCUGCCCUGGAUGACAGCCUGACCAGCCUGCAGUGGCUGCAGGAAUUCUCAAUUCUCAACGCCAAGGCUCCGGCCCUGCCCCCGGGGGGCACCGACCCCCAUGGCUAUCACCAGGUGCCAGGCUCGGCCGCUCCUGGCUCCCCGCUAGCGGCCGACCCUGCCUGCCUUGGGCAGCCACACACGCCGGGCAAGCCCACGUCGUCGUGCACGACACGCAGCGCGCCCCCCGGGCUGCAUGCCGCACCUCCCGAAGACGUGGACUACUCCACCAACCCGCACGUGAAGCCGCCCUACUCGUAUGCCACGCUCAUCUGCAUGGCCAUGCAGGCCAGCAAAGCCACCAAGAUCACGCUGUCGGCCAUCUACAAGUGGAUCACCGAUAACUUCUGCUACUUCCGACACGCGGAUCCCACCUGGCAGAAUUCCAUCCGCCACAACUUGUCCCUGAACAAGUGCUUCAUCAAGGUGCCCAGGGAGAAGGAUGAGCCGGGCAAGGGCGGCUUCUGGCGCAUUGACCCCCAGUACGCAGAGCGGCUGCUGAGCGGCGCUUUCAAGAAGCGGCGGCUACCCCCGGUCCACAUCCACCCGGCCUUUGCCCGCCAGGCCUCACAGGAGCCCAGUGCUGGUGCUGCGGCCACCGCUGCGUGGGCCGCGCCUCUGACCGUGAACAUGGAGGCCCAGCAGCUGCUGCGGGAGUUUGAGGAGGCCACAGGGGAGGCGGGCUGGGGUAUGGGCGAGGGCAGGCCCGGGCACAAGCGCAAGCAGCCAGUGCCCAAGCGGGUGGCCAAGGUCCCGCGGGCCCCCAGCACCCUCCUGCCGACCCAGGAGGAGCAGGACGAGCUGGAGCCCCUCAAGGGCAACUUUGACUGGGAGGCCAUCUUUGAUACGGGCACUCUGGGCGGGGAGCUGGGCUCUCUGGAGGCACUGGAGCUGAGCCCCCCGCUCAGCCCUACCUCGCAUGGGGACGUGGACCUCACUGUCCACGGCCGCCACAUCGACUGUCCCGCCUCCUGGGGACCCCUGGCUGAGCAGGCAACUGACAGCUUGGACUUCGAUGAGACCUUCUUGGCCACAUCCUUCCUGCAGCACCCAUGGGAGGACAGCAGCAGUGGCUGCCUGCCCCCGGAACCCCUCUUUGAGGCUGGGGAUGCCAUGCUGGCCGCUGAUCUGCAGGACUGGGCCACCGUGGGUGCCUUCUUAUAA